AUGGCGAACCCAGAACAGGGAAAUGAAACGUCCAUCACUGAAUUCAUCCUCUUGGGAUUCAGCAAUCUCCCUGAACUGAAAAUCCUUCUUUUCCUGCUGUUUCUCAUGAUCUACAUUGCAACCAUGGCUGGGAACAUCCUCAUUGUGGUGUUAAUUGUGGUCAGUCAGGACCUUCACACACCCAUAUACUUCUUCCUGGGGAACUUGUCGUGCUUGGAGACCUGCUACACCUCAACCAUCCUACCUAAGAUGCUGGCCAGUCUCCUACAGGGCAGGACUAUUUCAUUCAGUGGAUGUCUCACACAAUAUUAUUUCUUUGCUUCUAUGGUUGCCACUGAAUGCCUUCUCUUAUUGGUGAUGUCUUAUGAUCGGUAUUUAGCCAUAGGGAAACCACUGCACUAUGCAGCCCGAAGGAGUGGCAGGUCUUGCUUCCAGCUUGCAGCUGGCUCUUGGAUAGCUGGCUUCCUAUGUAGUGGCAUAAUAACUUUGUUGAUAUCCCAGUUAACUUUCUGUGGCUCCAACGAUAUUGACCAUUUCUUUUGUGAUCUUAUCCCCCUGAUAAAGCUUUCCUGCAAUGAUCCUCAGCUGAUGGAAAUCUUGGUUUUCACACUAUGCUUGAUUUUCUCAGUGGUCCCGUUCCUACUUACCUUGAUGUCCUACGUCUGCAUCAUUGUGACCAUCCUAAGAAUCCCUUCCACCAUGGGGAGGAAAAAGGCCUUUUCCACCUGCUCCUCCCACCUCAUUGUGGUGACCAUGUAUUAUGGAACUCUACUGAUUAUCUAUAUGUUCCCAACAACUAAUACACUGAGAGACUUCAAGAAAGUUCUCUCUGUCAUCUACACUGUUCUGACUCCUCUGGUCAAUCCCCUCAUCUACAGCCUGAGAAACAAAGAGAUUAAGGAGGCCCUGAGGAAAGCUUGCAGGAAAUCCAUGUUUGGAUAAUGCUAACUGAUCACAAUCCUUAGGUUAAAAUAAAACAGAUAUGGCACAGGCUGUUUUGAGGCGUGAGCCAAAGCCUACUGUAGUCCAGGGUCGUGUUUCCAUUAGCUUCCUUGGGCUUCAUUCAUGCUCUUACAGAGUCACAGCUCUGGGAGAAAGUGGAGACAGACAGAUCCGAAAAAGAAUAGAGUCAUAGGUUUUAAGAGGUCUAUGUGAGAUCCCACAGGAGGGUACUACUGGAAUGGUGGGUGAUUUGAACUUUGUGGCUGUUGUAAGUUCAG